AUGUCCGCCAGCACCACCAUUCGAAUGGUUCACGCGAACUGCUUCGCCGUGGGGCGCAAAACCCUUGAGGCUCCUAAACCGAAGGUCUCCCACGACGCUUUCUCCAUUCGCUUCGUUCUAUGUUUAACUCUGACUCCGAUUCUUGCCCUGGGAUACAUGAGCGUUCUCGCGCAAUGA